GCGAGGGCGGCUCACUUUCGGCUCUGCGACCUGACGUCUCUGAGGCGCGAUGCGAAAGGUGGUCUUGGUCACCGGGGCAAGCAGCGGCGUCGGCCGGGCCCUCUGCCAGCGGCUGCUGCAGGAGGACGACGGGCUCCACCUGUGCCUGGCCUGCAGGAACCCGGACAGGGCCGAGGCCGCCCGCGCCGCGCUGCUGGCCGCCUGCCCCUCCGCCCAGAUCACCGCCGUGCAGGUGGACGUCAGCGACCUGCGCUCCGUGCUCCGGGCCGCCGCGGAGCUCAGGCGCAGGUUCCAGAGACUGGACUGUGUCUACCUGAACGCCGGCAUCAUGCCCCAGCCACAGCUGGACGUCAGCGCGCUGCUCUUGGGCUUGUUUUCAAGAAAGGUGAUCCACAUGCUCUGCACAGCUGAGGGACUCCUGACCCAGCACGACAAGGUCACCGCCGACGGACUCCAGGAGGUAUUCGCCACCAACGUCUUCGGCCACUUCCUCCUGGUCCGGGAGCUGGAACCUCUGCUCUGCCGCGGCGACGGCCCGGCCCGGCUUGUCUGGACGUCGUCCCGCAAUGCCCGGAAGGCCAACUUCAGCCUGCAGGACUUCCAGCACCGCGGCGGCCAGGAGCCCUACAGCUCCUCCAAGUACGCCAUGGACCUGCUGAGCGUGGCUCUCAACAGGAAGCUCAACCAGCGGGGCCUGUACUCCAGCGUGGCGUGCCCGGGGACGAUGCUGACCAACAUGACCUACGGCAUCCUGCCCGCCUUCGUGUGGACACUGCUGAUGCCGAUCAUCUGGCUGUGCCGGGUAGGAAAUGCAUUUACCCUUCCGGUUAGCGACCCGCGGCAGACGCCACAGACAGCGCUGUCUCCCCCCCCACAGCUCCGCUUCCUCGUCGACUCCUUCACCCUGACACCCCACAACGGAGCAGAAGCGCUGGUGUGGCUCUUCCGCCAGAAGCCUGAGUCCCUCGACCCGCUGAGCAAGUACCUGAGCGCCACCUCUGGCUUCGGGAGCACGUACGUGACGGCCCAGCAGAUGGACCUGGACGAGGACACGGCCGAGCGGUUCUACCACAGCUUGCUGGAGCUGGAAACGCACGUCAAGGCCACCCUCCAGGGCGCAGAUGCGCAGAGCUGACGGGGACACUGAGUGCCCUCUGCACUCCGGCACGUGGCUGUGUGCUGUGGCUGCGCCUCCCCUGCCUGCCACCUCCCAGCCUGUCCGUGCUCAGGAGCCGAGAGCAGAGGGCACUGCCUGCCCGCCGUCCCCCGGGGCGGCGUCGCGCCCUCACCGUGGGCGUCCCCACCAGAGCCUCUUUUGGCGCUGGCCUGCCCCUGGAGCCGCCACGCUCUGCGGACAAGGUGUGGCCUGAGCGACCGCACCUCAGGCCCCCGUCCCCCUUGGUCUGUCCUGGCGCGGGGAGGCGGCCCCACUCUGGGUGACAUGGUGACUGCUCCCUUCCUGGCCCCGGGUCACAGCCGUGCACCCCAUGUCCCAUGCACUGCUGCUGCUCCUGCCCUGGGGGUCGGGGUGCUGGCCGUCGGAACAAAGCAGCCCUGCGGCGAGUCCAGGUGAGGACCGGCCUGCGUGUGUGGCCGCUCGGGCUACUUCCUCGUUUCAAAACUGUCUUUUAUCGACGUGGAGGCAGCCGGUGUUAGCACUGGUCUGACUUCAACACUAUUUGCAGAUUCAUUACUAACAACCCAUUUUCAUGGUCAUAUGUAAAUAGGCGUAAACUUGCGGCAAAAUGGUGAUUCACUCCCUUUCAAAACCUGCGGCUGGGCCACUGCUGGCGGGGAGUCUCCCAUUUCAGGGGUCGGGAGAGCUCGCGACUCAGUUUCCGGGGUGUGAACACAAAAGGCAGAAGCACCUGGAUGUUUCACUGAGUGCAGCCAGGGUGGGGACUUGUGUGAAACUCGACUGAGUCAAUAAAAGUGAAAAUGGUCUAUAA